AUAAACAAACGGGACGCCGCGCCGAACAUAACCUCCAAACUUGUUAGUGAAUUUAUUUGAAUUAUCCACGAUUUCUAACGUCGGAAAAAUCAGUUGAAAUAUUAAAAAUCAACCUUUAUUGUUCCUACUUUUAUUCAUUUCAGUUGACAUUGAUAUAUCUUCUUACUGACUCUCUGCCUGACCUUUGAAUUUUUAAAAAUUCAAGUCUCAACAAACGAUGGCUCGUAAUGCAGAGAAGGCCAUGACAACCCUCGCAAGGUGGCGAGCGGCACAAGUUCAUGAAAAAGGGACGGAGGAAAAAGAACGGAGGCCAUAUCUUGCCUCAGACUGCAAAGAAUUACCAAAAGCUGAAAAGUGGAGGAUGCAGAUAAUUAGAGAAGUAGCCCGAAAAGUUGCUCAAAUCCAAAAUGGUAACAAAUUAUGAUUUUAAGAACUGAAUCA